CGUGACAGCUGACAUGUUUUUCUGAGGUUAAAAAUUAAGUUAAAGUCUAAUGUAUUGAUUUGGUUUAGAAUAACAAAGUUUUGUGUGAUAAGUAAUAAUAAGGAAAGAAUAUUACAUAGUUUAGAAUAAGUAUUCUGUGGCUGUAAACUGUUUGUCAGUAAAAUAUCUCUGAUAAUUUGAAAAGUUCAGACAGUACCUACCACAGCGCAGUGUGUAGUAUUUCAGCAUGGACUUGUUUAUAAUAAAUAGAUACACAGAUGCAAAUGAAGACAAUGAUGUUGUUAGUCGAGAAACAUUACAUUUACAAAGAUUAAAACAGAAAAUAGAAGAAAGAAAGAAAAAUUACAAAAAUCAUACUAUAACACCUGAUACUAUAACUCUUAAAGAGCAAGGACCAUCACAGGACCACAAAAUAAACAACGAAAUUUCUAAUGAAAACCAAGAUGUGCCAGAUGAGCAAGACAAGACAGAAACAAAUAUUGAAGAUACAACCGUAUACAAUAAAAGUAAAGUUGAUAAACCUAUCAAUGAAUUUAAAGUAUUAGGUAGCACAGAUUUUGAAAAAAAAAUUCAGGUUGAAAGAGUGUUGCCCUAUUGGCUAUCUCAUGCAUAUAGGAUAUCAAAAAAUCUUCAAACGUUAACAUGUGUUGUUGAAGACCAGGAUUGGUUACAUAGUACUCUAAAGGCUACUGUAGCUAGUGAGGGAGUCACCCAUCUAUUCCCUGUACAGGAACAAGUAAUACCGUUCAUACUCAAAGAACAUAAACAACCAGAACCUUUUAGACCACAUGAUAUUUGCGUGUCAGCUCCAACUGGCAGUGGGAAAACAUUGUCAUUUGUAUUACCUAUCAUUCAAAUUCUAAUGAAUCCACUUGGCCAUCAUAUUAGAGCUCUGAUCGUUUUACCCGUACAAGAGCUAGCAGCACAAAUUGCUAAGGUUUUUAAAAAAUACUGCACUAACACCGGACUCCGAGUGGCACUGCUGUGUGGAUCGGCACCUCUUCAAAAGGAACAGCAGCAACUAAUGAGAUAUACUCAAACUCUAGGUUGGAUAUGUGAAACUGAUAUCAUCGUGUGUACGGCUGGCAGAUUGGUAGAGCACCUGCAUAACACAGAAGGUUUUUCAUUGAAGCAUUUGAAGUUCCUCGUCAUAGAUGAAGCCGAUAGAAUAAUGGACAACAUACAAAACGAUUGGCUCUACCACUUGGAGAAGCACAUUCAAGUUGAAAUGCAAAUGAGCAAGACACCACAUAUAAAUUGGAGCACUAUUUCGAGUCAAAAAUCACCCAUACAUAAGCUUCUGUUUUCGGCGACGUUAUCACCAGAUCCCGAAUUACUCGAGCAAUGGGGACUUUUCCAACCAAAACUAUUUUCGGUGACACCAAUAAACGAUACGACAAAUAAAAAUAUUAUCAAAAAAUAUUCCACCCCAGACGAAUUGCAUGAACACUACGUUGUAUGUUCAGCUGAAGAGAAACCAUUGAUUUUCUACAAUUUCUUCGCUAAUUUAAAAUGGGACAAAACAUUAUGUUUUACUAAUUCGUCACAAUCGGCCCAUAGAUUAACAGCACUUUUGAAUAUUUGGGGAAGUGGUAAACUGAGGGUUGCCGAAUUGUCCGCAGCCUUGGAUAGGGCUAGCAGGGAAUUAGUGCUAAGGAAAUUCAAGCAGUCAGAAAUAGAUGUAAUAAUAAGUACUGACGCUUUGGCAAGAGGGAUCGAUAUACCAGAGUGUGACCAUGUAAUUUCAUACGAUCCUCCGCGUAAUAUCAAAACUUACAUUCACCGAGUAGGCCGCACCGGACGCGCUGGGCGUAAGGGAACUGCCGUUACCAUUGUUAUCAACAACCAAGUCCACAUGUUUAAGGAAAUAAUACAGUCUAGUGGAAAUAAUAAUAUACAACAAAUGGUUAUACAGCGGGAAGUUAUAGACAGUCUAUUAGAAAACUACGAAAGUGCAAUUUUCGAAACUAAGAGAUUGAUCAACGAGGAAACUCACAUAAAAGUGAAGAAAUCAAUUGAAUUGAAAAGAGGUCCCAAGUCUAAACCUCGCAAAAGAAAACAUAAUGAAAAUAAAUCAAUAAAUAGGCAGCAAACUUUAUAGAUUCAAAGAAUACUCAUCAACAAACACUUUGAUCCUCUGCUGCUAUUAUCCAAAGAUCUAGGCGAUACCUUCCUUUUAGGUGGUACGGGUGCUACAUCCAGGAUACCUAGUUGUCCUAAGCUUUUUAACUUCCCUUG